GAGGAGAGGGAAUGAGAGGACCAAAGGCGGCCUGCACUACGGAAAGGUCCCUGGGCCAAACUAGUGGCACUCGCUGUUUCCCAGGGCUGGACAGGGGCAAAAACGCGCUCUUACCAUGCCCCGCUUCGCCCAGCUGGUGAUGGGGCCGGCGGGGAGCGGGAAGAGCACUUACUGCCACACCGUGGUCCAGCACUGCGAAGUGCUGAAGCGCUCUGUUCAGGUAGUUAAUCUGGAUCCGGCAGCAGAACAUUUUGACUACAAUGUCAUGGCAGACAUCCGAGAGUUAAUAGAAGUGGAUGAUGUCAUGGAAGACGAUUCUCUGAGGUUUGGGCCCAACGGUGGCUUGGUUUUCUGCAUGGAAUACUUUGCGAAUAACUUUGACUGGCUGGAAGAAUGUCUCGGCCACGUGGAAGACGAUUACAUACUUUUUGAUUGCCCAGGUCAGAUUGAGCUGUACACUCACUUGCCAGUGAUGAAACAGCUGGUGGAGCAGCUUCAACAGUGGGAAUUCCGCGUCUGUGGAGUUUUUCUUGUCGAUUCUCAAUUUAUGGUGGAGUCCUUUAAGUUUAUCUCCGGUGUUAUGGCAGCCCUCAGUGCGAUGGUGUCUUUGGAAAUUCCCCAAGUCAGCAUCAUGACCAAGAUGGACUUGCUGAGCAAGAAAGCCAAAGCAGAAAUCGAAAAGUACCUGGACCCUGAUAUGUAUUCGAUGCUGGAAGAUUCGACGGGUUUGCUCCAAAGCAACAAGUUCAAGAAGCUGACAAAGGCCAUCUGCGGGCUGAUCGACGACUACAGCAUGGUCCGCUUCCUGCCGUUCGACCGCUCUGACGAGGAGAGCGUCAACAUCGUCCUGCAGCACAUCGACUUCGCUAUCCAGUACGGGGAGGACCUCGAGUUCAAAGAGCCAAAGGAAACGGAGGAAGACAAACCUUCUGCUUAUGAUGAAUUCUUUCAAGACAGAGAGGACGAAUGAAGACUCCUGGCUGGUUUUAGCGAGGCUCUCGUCAUGUUUCCUGCAUCUCGGACUUUAAAACAGACCUUGGAAUCGCACCGGGCUGUGGGGGGGGGGCUUUCCCCCAGGAAGCUCGUUAUGUAUAUAAGUGUACAGCUGCAACUUCACAUGCGGUUUUCUCAUCUUUAAAGGGGGAUGAAUAAAUUAUUUGUGUCGUU